CGCCGACCAAUGGCGAGCGAGCUCCGUCGAGAGUAAUGUUAGAGAACGGAGGAGUGAAGACACUGCGUGAUUCGCUUCACACAACAGCCAUUGCCUAGUAUUGAGAACCCAGUCACAGUCGCUCGAUUUAGUUUGGCUUCAGGUGUUUUCCGUGCCAGGAUGAGGAAAGAUCCGGCAAAGCCGCGAGGCAAGAUGUCCUCGUAUGCCUACUUUGUGCAGACGUGCCGGGAGGAGCACAAAAAGAAGCAUCCCGACGCAUCAGUCAACUUCGCUGAAUUCUCCAAGAAGUGCUCCGAGAGAUGGAAGACCAUGUCCCCCAAGGAGAAAGGCAAGUUCGAGGACCUGGCCAAGCAGGACAAGACUCGCUACGAGCGGGAAAUGAUGAACUACGUGCCUGCCCGCGGCGGAAAGAAGAAGAAGUUCAAGGACCCCAAUGCCCCCAAGAGACCUCCGUCGGCCUUCUUCAUCUUCUGCUCCGAGUACCGUCCCAAAGUGAAGGGCGAGAGUCCAGGCCUGACUAUUGGUGACGUGGCAAAGAGGCUGGGCGAGAUGUGGAACGGGACCUCAGCCGAAAACAAGCAGCCCUUCGAGAAGAAGGCCGCCAAACUCAAAGAGAAAUACGAGAAGGAUGUGGCAGCAUACCGCGCCAAGGGCAAGGUGGGCGGUGGCGCAGCCCCGGCAGCCAAAGCGGCAGCCAAAGCAGAGAAGGACGAUGACGAUGAUGACGAGGAGGAAGAAGAUGAGGAGGAUGAAGAUGAGGAAGAAGACGACGACGAUGACGACGAGUAGUUGGUUGGUUAGUCGGCCGGGCGGCCAUCGUGUUUGUAAAGCAUUUAAGACGCCCCGUGUACACAGUUCACUUCAAAAACAACAAAAGCAAAUCCAUUAGUUGCAUUGAAGGGCGAUGGGUUGUUGAGGGGUGGGGUUAAAUGGAAAAAAAACUGCAGAAAAAGGCUGUGUAUAUCACUUGUUUUUAUGCUGUACAGUUUGUUUCUCCUUUUUGUAUAGUUAACACUACACACGUCUGGUGUCCGUGUCCUCCUUUCUCCUCGUCUUCCUCCUCUACCAGGGGGUCGGCAGGCGCUGGCUUACAGUAUUUAGCCUAGCUAGACGUGCACAGCACAUAAAAAAAAAAGAUGAACGUUAGAUUUCUUCGUGUUUUACUGUGGUUUUGUUUUUUCGCCGUUGAACGUAUCACUUUUACUGAUCUUUAUGUACCACUGUUAUAGCAACACCAGAUGAAAUGGAGAAGAAAAACGCCUCGUUUAUUGUUAAAGUUUAAAUUGCUUCUGAUGUCAAUAAACAUUUUUUUGUAA